UGAGGUGGAGAGCUCUCGACCGUGCGUGGAGCGACCGAGCGCUCCGGCACUGUGAUGACGGACGGUCCAGAGUGAAGAGUUGCGUUCCGAGUCUGCGCCCGGUGACAUCGCGGAGUGGACAUGGGGGUGGCCAGCGAGGACUUGCUCGUCACACUCCAGAUUCUGCCUGGAUUCUUCUCCAACUGUCUCUUCCUGGCUCUGUACGACUCCGUGGUGCUGGUGAAGCGCAUUGUCUCGCUUCUCAGCUGCUCCAAGUCGGCCGGUUCCGAAGACUGGCGCCGCAUGCUGACCACCGCCGGACUGCGCUCCAUCUGGAACAGCUUCCUUCUGGACGCACACAAGCAGGUUAAGCUGGGCUGUGAGGCUCCAAACUCCAAGGUAGUGAAGGUUGUCCCCGACAGUUACAGGUGCAGCAAGAUCAGCAACGGCAGUCACCUUCCCCUGGCUUCUGUGUCCCUGAAUGGUGAUGAGUGCCACCUUCUGGAUUUUGAAUCUUCGAAUCGCCCUCUGGUGGUCAACUUUGGCUCGGCAACCUGACCUCCCUUUAUCAGCCACCUGCCAGCUUUUCGGCGGCUUGUGGAAGACUUUAGCGAUGUGGCUGAUUUUCUGUUGGUGUACAUUGACGAGGCCCACCCCUCUGAUGGCUGGGUGGCGCCCCCUAUGGGCGCUUGCUCCUUCAGCGUACGGAAGCACCAGAGCUUGGAAGAGCGUAUGGGAGCGGCACGCAAGCUCAUAGAGCACUUUUCCUUGCCAUCGCAAUGCCAGCUAGUGGCUGACAGCAUGGACAACAAUGCAAACGUGGCGUAUGGAGUGUCCAAUGAGCGUGUGUGUAUAGUUCAGCAGAGCAAGAUCACCUAUCUAGGGGGAAAGGGGCCUUUUUUUUACAAUUUGAAAUAUGUUCGUCAGUGGCUGGAGCAGAGCUAUGGGAAACGAUAGAAGUCCAACGUGUCAAGAUAUGUGAGUUUUGUGAUUUUUGUAUCGCUAUGAGAGAGAAGAGGCGCUGUGUUAGCGGGCUACGAGACUGUCUUGACCCUGAUAGAUGGAGGAGGGAAGUUGUUCUGAUCCCAAAAGUGUGUCAGCAUAAUUGAAAAGAGCUAUUGCUGCGACACCAAUUUUGAAAAGUGCACUCUGUGUGCAGUCCUCCAAAUGCACAAUCAUAAUUAUGGAGGAGUGUAACAAAUUAUUUUUUCAUGUGUUACAAUAUUUUUUAUAGGCAUGUAGCGUAAAACCCUUUUAUAUAAUAUUGAUCCAGAUUUUUACAAAGAUGUUUUCCACCACUAUUUUUCCACAUCAGCGAAAGAUAUUUAACUAUGCACUUCUGACCACUUCUGGACACUAAUCAGCACAAGUCAUCCAAAAAUAUUUUUGGCAAUAUUUAAACACUGGAAUUAUACGGAUGAUUCUGUGGGGGGAAAAAUGUAAACAAUGUAAAACAUGAUGUUACAGUUGAUGGUGAAGAUGAAAUAUUAUUGUAAGAGUGUUUGUGUUUUAGUAUUUUGGAAAUUGCUGGGUUUGUUACCACAGAGUGAUCCAUGUAUGUCAUGCCAUGUGUAGGUCUAUUUUUGCGGGUGAUGAGGUACCAGAUGCCUGAGAGUAGGCCACGCCCACAGUAAACUGUUGGUCAGACACCAGGUCAGUUGGAUGAGGAGAUCGUUGGGAUUGCUAAGAGCCAUACUUUUUGAUGAGCUUUUGUGAAAGAGUAUUUCUGAUCCACUAACUGCUUAAAAAAGGACUAAGCGCUUGAGUUAAUGUAGAACCAUAGCAGGUAGUUGAAAGGGGCAAAAUGUCCUGUUAAUAACUGAGUUACUGAGCUGAAGAGGAUAGUGACCAGUCGACAAUGUACCGCUCCUGACUUGCCCAUAACCUGAACUGAGCCAUGAAAAGUUGCGUGUGUGUUGACCUCCAUGAGCUACUAUAUGUGAAACAGGUAUUCUGCAAUUUUUUUUUUUUUUGGCAGGUGAACCAUAAAGAAUGAAGUUUUAAGUUUUUUAAGUUAAUCAUAAUCUGUCUCCUGACAUUGGAAAAACGACUUUUCCUGGAGUAUGUAAAUGACUAAGAGGAAACAAUCAGACUCAGCAUUGAAUCCUGAUCAAAAUCUUUUCAAAUAUUGUGAGGGUUACGUAAACACGUUGCAUUGAACUAUAAAGCAGUUAAAAUGUUUUAAAUACUCAGUUGGCUUUCAUCAUUGUUGUCCAACUGUAAAGAAAAAUGUCAGAAAUGCUAAUCUGGUUCGUAAAAAUGCUGCCAUCAUUUGAGCUGCAAUUGCAUUGUGAAAUUGAAUUUCAGCAUGAGGAUAAAAAUGAAAUGUAGUGGAAGAUCUUGUGACCCAGAAAAUAAAAAAGCUGAAAUUGUAGCUUAGAAGGGCUUUAGUCAGUGAAGUACAACCUCUUGAAUAGUAAAACUUAAAUCCGAAAAGUCUUUUCAAGGUUGGUAAAUUUCAAAUUUAUGAAAGUGGACGGAAUAUGUGUGUUUCCAUUACUGUUCUGGGCUGUAAAGUUGUUUCAUAUGACGCAUAAACAGCAAUUCUGGUUUCUAACCCUUGAUCGUAUUAUAAGAUGAAGGAAUUUGUGAAUGUCGUUCAGGUUCUUUCAUGUUCAGCUUUAGCUGGUAAUGUUCGCACAGACUGUUGCAGGAUUUUGAAGCUCUAAUUCAACAUCCCUAUUCACAAGUUUGAGAUCAUCCGAAUAGCAGGAAACCCGACAGAAGAGACCGGUUGUCAAGCUAAAUUAGAGCUCAAACGGGUCCAAAUCACCUUCCUCUUCCCUUCCUGGUGCAUAUUAUAUGUCUGGCCCGACACUUCCUCGUGUCAUCGAAUGAGAAAGAUUCCCUUUGUUCGCCUUGCUUAGAUUUUCCUGCUGACGUCUUCUCUACUCCCAAAAGUUGCCAUUGAUGGUUUGUUGUUGGUAAGGUGAUGAGAGGUUGGGCAUACAAAGCACCACUUUGACCCCGGAGACGUGGGUUAAAGCCUGUCCAGCCUGUGAUUUGGAUAAAACCACAAAAGCAGUUUGGUCAAGGUUAGAAAACGGUUCCUGAUCCAAAAGGGACUUAAGGAUAGUUGGAUUUGAGCCAUAAUAGGGUCAAAUAGAGAGAGAAAACCCCCAUACUGGCAGGACCCUUUACAAUUCAUCAUGGCAAGAAAUGUGUUAACAACUAAUCUUUUGUAACACUUCAGAGUUUUGCACACAAUUUUGUUUAUUCUGAAUCACGGUAUGGAUCAGGUCCUGGACCCCAAAUGGACCUGUGAAUGACUGUUUCUGGUUAUGUCUCCUUAAAAAUAUGAUGAAAUGCAAAUGUCUUCAUGUGAAGCGGACUGGGAGGACUAAGGAGUGUGCAAGGCAGAGACGGAUCACCGUCUUUACGAGCUGUGGAUGGCAACAGCUGGUGUCAUUGUGUUUGAGCAAGUAGGAGAGACAAUCGAAAUGUAUGCAUUCAUUCUUCUUUGGGACAAAAUAUUAAUCAAUAAUUCAAUUUCAAUCAUUCAUCAUCUGACUUACACAGGAUUCUACCAUCCAGGGAAGCAUUCUGAACAUUGGGCUUUAGAAACAUUCUCAAGCCAUUCAAAACAUAAUGUUGUUUUCAAAAUCUGGAUCAGCUCAACAUUGGGAUGCUCAAUUUGUGUUUUAUGAUGUGCUUUUAUUUAAAUGUUACAGCGAGGAAGUGUGGGGGGAAACUGAGCGUGGGUCGGAAAAGGUGUGUCACCCAGAUGCUCUCGUCCUGUUUUCCGUGCUGUAGGUGUGUGAAUGAAGACCUGUGAUGAAAGAGUCUUGACUCAGUCCCUGGUUGGAGAGUAACCCACACCUGCUUCACCGGGGGCAGAACGAUGGUGUCUGUGUCGCUUCAUUGAGUGUACCCAUUAACUGCUGCUUAGUGGUGUGUUUUUAAUAUAGUGUUGAAUAAAGUUUUCUGCUUGAGACUGUUUCCCUGUCCUGGUUGUCUUCAUCAGAAAUUUUAAAGACUCAAUUUUAGAUGGAAAUAAUAUCCAAAACCAUUAGUCUAUUUAGGUCAAUUAGAGGCAAGACAAAAGGCAGUGGGCAUGUUCUGUAAGGAAAUCAGGACCUU